CGGUCUGCCAUGCUGCUUCUCCUCCCAGCCCUCUGUGGGCCCGAGCAAGGCCCGGCCCGCGCCUAGAUGAUCCCCAACCUCUAGCCCCCACUUCCUGUGACAGCUGAGAGCCCACUUCCUUCCCUCCUGAAGCCCCUUGCCGCCCCAAAGGCUGCUCGCCCCUGCACUCAGCCACGGGCUGGGUGGGGACCGGCCUGAGGCCAGAUGAAGGGGGAGGAGCCCCAAGCCCCAGCUGUGACCCUCUUAGGAGCCGAGCUCAGGGUGCCUGGGGUGGGAACAGUUAGCACCCCCCAGGCUAUGGCCUGUGUAUCCCAGAGGAGUGACACCACAGCCUGCUUUCUAACUGGCUGCCUGGGGCAAGUCCUCCCCAAGCCCCACCACCCCACCCCACAUACACACACGCACACAUGCACACGCGCGCACACACACACACACUUGCUUGACUUGUGGGCAGAGGUGUAACAAAAGCCUCAAGGUCGGGUAGUCUGGGAAACCCCACUAUUGUCCCCCGCUCUGAAGGAAACCCCGGGGGACACCCCAGCCUGGGGAGGCCAUGGGCAGGACGGCCCCUCCAGGGUUCUGCUGCCCCGCACCCGCCUGCCCUGUCUUCCCUGUGUCCCUUCUGCAUCCUCAGCUCACCGUGUACUUGGGCAAGCGGGACUUUGUAGACCACCUGGACAGAGUGGACCCCGUAGAUGGCGUGGUGCUCGUGGACCCUGACUACUUGAAGGACCGCAAAGUGUUCGUGACCCUCACCUGCGCCUUCCGCUAUGGCCGCGAGGACCUGGACGUGCUGGGCCUGUCCUUCCGCAAAGACCUGUUCAUCGCCACCUACCAGGCCUUCCCCCCCAUGCCCAACCCGCCCCGGCCCCCCACCCGCCUUCAGGACCGGCUGCUGAGGAAGCUGGGCCAGCACGCCCACCCCUUUUUUUUCACAAUCCCCCAGAACCUGCCCUGCUCCGUCACGCUGCAGCCGGGCCCAGAGGACACGGGGAAGGCCUGUGGAGUAGACUUUGAGAUUCGAGCCUUCUGUGCCAAAUCGCUAGAAGAGAAAAGCCACAAAAGGAACUCAGUGCGGCUGGUGAUCCGAAAGGUGCAAUUUGCCCCAGAGAAACCUGGCCCCCAGCCCUCAGCAGAAACCACACGCCACUUCCUCAUGUCUGACCGGUCCCUGCACCUCGAGGCAUCCCUGGACAAGGAGCUGUACUACCACGGGGAGCCCCUGAACGUCAACGUCCACGUCACCAACAACUCCACCAAGACCGUCAAGAAGAUCAAAGUCUCUGUGAGACAGUAUGCCGACAUCUGCCUCUUCAGCACCGCCCAGUACAAGUGUCCUGUGGCUCAGAUCGAACAAGAUGACCAGGUGUCGCCCAGCUCCACGUUCUGCAAGGUCUACACCAUCACCCCGCUGCUCAGCGACAACCGGGAGAAGCGGGGUCUUGCCCUGGACGGGAAGCUCAAACACGAGGACACCAACCUGGCUUCCAGCACCAUCGUGAAGGAGGGCGCCAACAAGGAGGUGCUGGGAAUCCUGGUGUCCUACAGGGUCAAGGUGAAGCUGGUGGUGGCUCGUGGCGGGGAUGUCUCUGUGGAGCUGCCUUUUGUCCUCAUGCACCCCAAGCCCCACGAUCACAUCACCCUCCCCAGGCCCCAGACAGCACCCACCCACCCGCCCCCUCUCCUCGCCUCAGCUGCUCCUGAGACAGACGCCCCCGUGGACACCAACCUCAUUGAAUUUGACACCAACUACGCCACAGACGACGACAUCGUGUUCGAGGACUUCGCCCGCCUGCGGCUGAAGGGGAUGAAGGACGAGGAUUACGAGGACCAGUUCUGCUAGAGGGGGGGGGAGGGGGCGGGGCCGGCCGCCCUCCCUGCGCUCAGCACCGAGUCCUUGGUGGACCCCUCCGUCCUCCCUCGCCUGUGGCUCCCGGACACGCACUGGACCCUUCUCUUGUUGACCGUGGGCAUUACUUGUUGGACCCCAGCUGUGCCUCCACAGCCCCCCCAGCCGGUGGCUCAAACCUGCAUCUUCUGGAGGGGGUCCUGGAAAGGGGAAUGACAGUAGGGAGAAGGGGAGAGAGCUCCCACAUCCGACAUCCCCCCCCCCCCACACACACACACACACUCUGCCUCCUUCUCCUUCAAGAGGAGACCCUGGGGUGGGGGGCGAGGCCACUUCUUUGUUUCUGAGCAUAAAGAAGAAAAUAAACGUUUUAAUAGGC